GGCAGCAGCACUGUGUGCACUUUAUGACGCCUUUCGAGGGUCGACUCAGACCGUGCAGCGACAACAACACUCCUCCUCCUGACCACCGUGUGCCGACAAAGUCAAUAUGGAAUUCAUCCCACAUGCAACUGACUAAAAAAGCAUGAGCAUAGUGCGACAGAUCCUGACUUGCUCAAGGUUUGCAUGUCGUUCAGCUAACAUAAACUGCAGAAGAACAUUUUGUACUUCACAGCAUAUCAUGACAUCACGGCACACAAACGCGAAAAGAAUUGAGGGACUGGACAAGAAUGUCUGGGUGGCGUUUACUUCAGUGGCAGCUGACCCAUCCAUUGUUAACCUGGGCCAAGGCUAUCCAGACAUCCCUCCACCUUCUUACAUCAAGGAGGCACUAGUGGAGGCUGCAUCAGUGGACAGGAUGAACCAGUACACCAGAGGCUUUGGUCAUCCAUCUCUGGUGAAGGCCCUUUCUCAGGUUUAUGGGAAGGUCUAUGGACGUCAGAUUGACCCCCUCAAAGAAAUCUUGGUCACAGUAGGCGGUUAUGGUUCCUUAUUCAGCACCAUGCAGGGACUGGUGGAAGAGGGAGACGAGGUCAUCAUAAUAGAACCUUUCUUCGAUUGCUAUGUGCCCAUGGUACGAAUGGCGGGGGCCAACCCUGUGUUGAUACCGUUACGCCUUAAAGCUGGAAAGAAGAACAUCACAAGUGCUGACUGGUUUCUUGACCCAGAUGAGCUUUCCAGUAAAUUCAACUCUAAGACAAAGGCCAUCAUUAUCAACACCCCCAACAACCCUAUUGGGAAGGUUUUCACCAGAGAUGAGCUGCAGAUGAUUGCUGACCUUUGUAUUAAACAUGACACUCUGUGCUUUAGUGAUGAGGUUUAUGAGUGGCUCAUCUACAGGGGCCACCAGCAUAUCAAAAUUGCCACUCUGCCUGGCAUGUGGGAUAGAACAGUUACUAUCAGCAGUGCAGGAAAAACAUUUAGUGUUACUGGAUGGAAGCUUGGCUGGUCUGUAGGACCUGAGCACUUGAUAAAGCAUCUUCAGACCGUCAUGCAGAAUACUCUGUACACCUGCCCAACACCUUUACAGGAGGCUGUGGCACAAGGUUUGCUCCUGAACUACAAGCUGAUGGGUCAGCCCGAGUGCUACUUCUCCUCACUGGCAGAAGAACUUGAGGGGAAGAGGGACCGCAUGGCUGCCAUCCUUAGGGAGGCUGGUAUGUCUCCAAUCAUCCCGGAGGGGGGCUACUUCAUGCUCGUGGAUGUCACGGCUCUCAAUCAGGAUCUGUCACAUAUGGUUGAUGAAGCCUACGACUACAAGUUUGUAAAGUGGAUGAUUAAAGAAAAGAAACUGGCAGCCAUACCAGUGACAGCGUUUGUUGGAGAUGAGUCCAAGAAACAGUUUGAGAAGUAUAUCCGCCUUUGCUUCAUUAAGCAAGAUAGUACUCUCGAUGCAGCAGAGAACAUCUUGAAAAACUGGAAUAAGAUUUAAUGGGAUGUGGUGUCAAGACUUCAGGUCAUUUUCAGGAAAGAGGAACCCGCUCUCUCAUCAUACUGAGGAAACAGGAGUAGACGGUUACAUGCUGCACAAACUGGCAAUACAGAGUCAAACUAGAUAGUUGUAAAAUUAUGUGCCAACACUUUAACCUGUAUCCUGUUUUAAAGGAGAUGAUAUUUAAGUCAACAUGACGGAAAUGAAUCCUUUUGACUAAUGAAAGGUGUGAUGUGAGAUAACUAGUGAGAUUAGUUUUUUUAUCCAUUGUCCCACAGUGGAUAUACUGUAAACGAUCCCGUAUUCAUUCCUAUUUUCAUACGUUAUUGUUUGAUUCAAUAUUUUUCAUUAUUUGCAUAGGGGUUAACAUUAGAGACACAACAGAUACAGAAAGUAAUCAAGGAAUUGUUUUGACUUGAACCAUUCUGCUUUAAUUGUUCUAAUUUCAGUUUUCAAUAAAAUGAUUCCAGAUAG